AUGCGCUCUCCUCAGAUGCUCAGCCUUGCCGUCGCCCUGGCCGCCGUCGCCACGGCCAACCCUCUUCCUGAGCAGGAAGCCCCGACCGGGGGCUGCACAAAGACCAUCGCCGUCCUGCCCCCCUUCACCUGGGGCCCUACCAGCACCGUCUGGACCACCACCACCACCCUCACCAGGCCCGUCGACUGCGGCGGCUGCACCAGCGUUGCCACGCGCGACAUCGAAGUCGGCCCGGGCCCCGUCGUCUUCUUCACCACGACCGUCACCGCCACCGGCCCGAGCACCACCACGGUCUUGGCUUGCGCGACCCCCACCGCUUGA